AAAUCGAUCAAAAUGCGCCCGCAAUCAGCUGCGUGUCUAUUCCUGGCCUUGGUUGGCUUCGUGGGAGCCACCGAGUGGUGGGAAAGUGGAAACUACUACCAGAUCUACCCGCGCUCCUUCCGGGACUCCGACGGAGACGGCAUUGGCGACCUGAACGGGGUCACCGAGAAGUUACAGUAUCUGAAAGACAUCGGCUUCACGGGCACCUGGUUGUCGCCCAUUUUCAAGUCGCCCAUGGUAGACUUUGGCUACGACAUUUCGGACUUCUACCAGAUCCAGCCAGAAUACGGCACCAUGGAGGACUUUGAGCGCAUGAUCGCCAAAGCCAAGGAGGUGGGCAUCAAGAUUAUCCUGGACUUCGUGCCAAAUCACUCCAGCACCGAAAACGAAUGGUUCACCAAGUCAGUGGACAGUGACCCCGUGUACAAGGACUUCUACGUCUGGCACGAUGGCAAGAUCAACAACGAGACCGGCGAGCGGGAGCCGCCGAGCAACUGGAACUCCGAGUUUCGCUACAGUGCCUGGGAGUGGAACGAUGUGCGACAGCAGUACUACCUCCACCAGUUCGCUAUCCAGCAGGCCGACCUCAACUACCGCAAUCCGGCCGUGGUUAACGAGAUGAAGAACGUGAUUCGCUUCUGGCUGGGAAAGGGAGUCUCCGGAUUCCGCAUUGAUGCAGUUCCUUACCUGUUUGAGGUGGACCUCGAUCGCUACAACCAGUAUCCGGAUGAGCCUUUGACCAACGACCCCGUGAACUGUCCCGACCCUGACGACCACUGCUACACCCAGCACAUCUAUACACAGGACAUGCCGGAAACUAUUGACAUGGUGUACCAGUGGCGUGAGGUGGUGGAUGAGUUUCACGUCGAGCACGGCGGAGACCAGAGGCUGCUGAUGACGGAGGCGUACACCAGCUUCGCAAACAUCAUGACAUACUACGGAAAUGGUGUAAGGAACGGCUCCCAUAUUCCCUUCAACUUUGACUUCCUUACCAGCAUCAACAACGCUUCCAAGGCCGGCGACUACGUAGAUCAUAUUAAGAAGUGGAUGGACGCCAUGCCCGCCGGCGUUUAUGCCAACUGGGUGCUGGGAAACCACGACAACAAGCGAGUGGCCUCUCGAUUUGGUGUCCAGCGCACCGACCUCAUCAACAUCCUGCUGCAGACUCUGCCCGGUCACGCGGUCACCUAUAAUGGAGAGGAGCUCGGCAUGACCGACGUCUGGAUUAGCUGGGAAGACACCGUGGACCCAAACGCGUGCAACUCCGAUCCCGACAACUACUACGCCCGGUCCAGGGACCCUGAGCGAUCUCCUUACCAGUGGGACGCCUCCUCCAAAGCGGGCUUCACCAGUGCCGAUCACACCUGGUUACCAGUGGCGGAUGACUACAAAACCAACAACGCCCUGCAGCAGCUGCGUGCUCCACGUUCUCACCUGCAGAUCUUCAAGAAACUGGUGCGCGUGCGCAAGGAGCCAUCUUUUCGCCAGGGAGAACUCAACAUUCAGGCAAUCGACGACGAUGUGCUCAUCUACUCACGUCAAAAGACCGGAAGCGAUCUCUAUGUGAUCGUUCUCAACCUGGGCAGCACCUCCAAGACUUUGGACCUGACCAAGUACUACGGACUGGGCACCCAAGCGGAGGUCAUCACCACUUCCUUGAGCUCCCAGUACAUCGAUGGCGAUGUUAUCACAUCAGCGGAGUUCGUUGCCAAUCCCUAUGUGGGCACCGUCCUUGUGGCAGUCUAAGCUAAUUUUAUUCCAAUAGUGACUAUAAAGUAGCGAUGUUAAAUAAAGUGUGUAUUAUACAUGUA